AUGAAUGUCUGGUUUGAGGCAACACGGGCAAAAUGUGAGGUGGUGUUUGAAAUGAAACUAGCACUUUACACAGAGGCCUGCGCUUCCCUCUCAUCAUCUGCCAAUAGUAACAACAAGGACAAUAAUAAGAACAAUAACACAGAGGCGGCGAUAGAAGUAUUUACUGAGAAUAUGUUACUUAACAAACCAUUACGAGCUCCCAACAAGACGAGGUGUUUCUUAGAUGAGAUUGAGGAAAAGCUUCAUACUGUGUAUGAUGGGAUGGAGGAUGGAUAUAAUUUAAAAGAAGAUGACUUGACAGCAUUUGAACAGGUAAAAGAUGUUUCUAAAAUAACUACAUCCUCUUUAGAUACUACUAUUACUACUACUACUACUACUACUACUACUACUACUACUACUACUACUACUACUACUAUGAUAGAAAAAGAAUCCGAUAACAACCCGCAGCUUUACGGGGAGCUCACAUCAAAAGGGGUUCGUCAACUACAUCACAUUAUACUACAGACUCUUAAUCAAAAUGGUUUUAAUGUACAAAUGAAUGACGAUAAUGUUUUAAUAAAACAGAAAAACAAUCCACAUAAAGAAGAAAUCGAAAUGCAAACAUCCUCUCAGAAGAGUCAUCACACUAUUGUAGCUGUUGAUGUGGGUAGUGGCACAGGUAAAUUAUUAUUUGAAUGGUCUUUACUCGCCCAGCGGGAUACUACAGACUGUUGUUGGACACAUGUGGGGUUAGAAAUAGCACCAUCUCGUAUGUGUAUUGCUCGUACGGCACUUCAAUGUACUUCUGAGCUUGUGCAGGAUUCCAGAGAAAAACAACAACAACGAUGGGUUCUCAGUUCGUCAAAAGCAGUGGAAGAAGAUAUAUCUAUGGUGUUGGGUGAGGUAGAUAUCUUUUCACCGGGGCUUUUAACCAAUGAGACAUUUCUUCCUCUUGCUGAGAGAAGAAUACAAGGAACUAUGACUAAUCACAAGAAUAACAAGAAGGAAGAGAAUAUCUUUCGACAUUUUGUUGUGUUUUGUUCUGGACUGGGUUUCGCAGAGACUGCUGUUCGUGAACUCUGUGCUGCACUAGAACGUAUGUGGUUAACAUCAAACACACCCGGUUCUUCUUCUUCUUGGUCUUCUCUCACAUGUGUUUUUCUAAUCCGCGCCUUUCCUGAAGUUCGAUCAUUUCCACUCUUUCGACUCUGUUCAGAGACUGGGACGGUGCGUGAAUGGAAGGAUGGUGGAGUUCUCACAAUGACACGGUUGAACACAACAUGGAUGAAUGAAGCCCCUGCGUGGGUGCUAUCGCUUCACCGUAGGGAGUAA